AAAAUAUGUAAAAUGUGUUGCCUACCUUUGAUCGUUUGCAAAUUACAUCCAAGAAAUGUAAGAAAAAUAUAAUAAUAAUCAAUUAAGUUCAAAACCAAUAUAUUUUUGAAAAAUUUCAGUCCAAAAAUAUAAGUUUAAUUGAAAUACAUUCAUACGCAAUUUCAAAGGUUAAUUUUGAAACAUGGAUUUUGAUUCUGAUGAAGAAAAUGUUAUGGAAGAGGAUUUCUAUUCGUUUUUAAACAUCCCUAAAGAGGCUUCCAAGGAAGAUAUAAAUAAUGCUUAUAGGCGACUUAGUAGAAUGUAUCAUCCUGAUAAACAUGUGGAUCCUGAUCUUAAAGCUAAAGCAGAGACUAUGUUUAAUAAAAUUAAAAAGGCAUAUGAAGUACUGUCUGACCCACACCAAAGAGCUAUUUAUGAUUCGUUGGGCACAAAGGGUCUAGAAACAGAAGGCUGGGAAAUCGUCCAAAGAACAAAAACCCCUGCAGAAAUUAGGGCUGAAUAUGAGCAACUGGCUGAAGAAAGAGCUGAAAGACAGAAGAAACAAGCUACUAAUCCUAGUGGCAAUAUUACUAUAGCUGUAAAUGCCACUGACAUUUUCAAUCCUUAUUAUGAUGAAUUUUUAGAAGAUGAGUAUGAAAGCGAUUUCAUAUCAAAUAUCCCCAACAUCGAAGUGUCGUCAAUGCAAUUUAAUCAAUCUGUAGAUUUCCCUUUGACACAAAAAGAUACGUGUACCCUCUCAGGGCAGCUACAUACUCAGAAUGGUACAGGAGGAGGUGGUAUUAAUUUAAGCUGGCGACAUAUUUUUUCACAUAAGAGUUGGACAGAACUUGAAAUGACUGCAGGUAGUGGCCCUGCAUUAUCUUUUAAAGGUUUUAGAACAUUAACCAGACGGUUUUUUUGGAACGGAGGUACUAUUUUACAGUUUACUCCUGAAGGUAUUAGGCCAGGAGUCAUGUCAACGUUAGCGAUGCAGGUCGACAAACAUUCUGUAGGUUAUUUAUCCUAUCAAGGUGGUGUGAGAUCAGCUUUCACGACACAAAUAAUUAGGGAUACAGAAAAAAAUCGGUAUAACUUUUCAAUACAAGUAGGCUUACCUCAUUCUUUUGUUCUUCUUCAGUACACAAGGAAAAUGAUGAAUCAAGAACUAAAAAUUAGGAUAGCUGUAAAAGCUGGUACAUUUGGAGGUCUUCUAGAGUAUGGUGCAGAGAAGAAGAUUUCAAAACACAGUAAUCUAUCUUUUGCUGUAGUUUGUGGUAUACCUUCUGGAGUUAAACUUAAAAUAAGGUUAACGAGGGCUUCCCAAACUUAUUCGUUCCCAAUUCAUCUUUGCGAGGAAGUCAUGCCCGCGCCUGUUUUCUACGCCACUGUAGUGCCUCUAGUUAUAUACAUAGUUGUUAAAAAAGGUUUCGUCGAACCGUUUUUAAGGGACGAAAAAAAUAAGAAAGUCGAGAAACAAAAACAAAAUAAUUUUAAUAAGCUAUUGGAAAAAAGGAAAGAAGCAAUGGCGGCACAGGAACUGAUGAAUGCUACUUAUACUAGGAUAAGGGAGGACGAAAGCAAUAAAAAAGGAUUAGUAGUUAUUAAAGCGAUUUACGGCAGGAUAAUGAGAGAUCCUAAUCAACAUGGAGACAAUGAAGUCACAAAUGAAGUUGUAGAUGUAACUGUUCCUAUCCAAUGUCUAGUCAAAGAUAGUAAAUUAGAAAUACAUGUACAAAAUAAAUCUGAAUUGCCAGGUUUCUUUGAUCCAGCGUUAGGUGAAGAAAAAAUGUUACACAUUAUUUAUAACUACCAUGAUCAACCUCAUGAAAUUACUGUGGGUGAAAAUGAACCUUUACGUUUACCAAAAACUUCACAUCGGACGAACAUUACGUAG